AUGAAGAGCCUACUUCUCCUGGUGCUGAUUUCCAUCUGCUGGGCUGAUCAUCCUUCAGACAACUACACUCUAGAUCAUGGCAGAGUUAUUCACAUCCAAGCAGAAAAUGGUCCCCAUCUACUGGUGGAAGCAGAACAAGCCAAGGUAUUCUCACAUAGAGGUGGCAAUGUUACACUGCCAUGUAAAUUUUUUCGAGACCCUAUGGCAUUUGGCUCAGGAACCCACAAAAUCCGAAUUAAGUGGACCAAGCUCACUUCAGAUUACCUCAAGGAAGUGGACGUUUUUGUUUCCAUGGGAUACCACAAGAAAGCCUACGGAGGCUACCAGGGGAGAGUGUUUCUGAAAGGAGGCAGUGAUAAUGAUGCUUCCCUGGUGAUCACAGACCUCACCCUGGAGGAUUAUGGGAAAUAUAAGUGUGAGGUGAUUGAAGGAUUAGAAGAUGAUACUGCUGUGGUGUCAUUAGAUUUACAAGGUGUGGUAUUCCCUUACUUCCCACGACUGGGGCGCUAUAAUCUCAACUUCCAUGAAGCACAGCAGGCUUGCCUGAACCAGGAUGCUGUGAUUGCCUCCUUCGACCAGCUGUAUGACGCCUGGCGGGGUGGGCUGGACUGGUGCAAUGCUGGCUGGCUCAGCGACGGCUCCGUGCAAUACCCCAUCACCAAGCCCAGGGAGCCCUGCGGAGGCCAGAACACCGUGCCCGGUGUCAGGAACUACGGGUUUUGGGAUAAAGAGAAAAGCAGAUAUGAUGUGUUUUGCUUCACAUCCAACUUCAAUGGCCGCUUUUACUACCUGAUCCACCCCACCAAGCUGACCUACGACGAAGCGGUGCAAGCUUGUCUCCAGGACGGUGCUCGGAUCGCCAAAGUAGGCCAGAUGUUCGCGGCCUGGAAGCUGCUGGGCUAUGACCGCUGCGACGCGGGCUGGCUGGAGGACGGCAGCGUCCGCUACCCCAUCGCCCGGCCGCGGAGGCGCUGCAGCCCCACCGAGGCCGCCGUGCGCUUCGCCGGCUUCCCCGACAAGAAGCACAAGCUCUACGGCGUCUACUGCUUCCGAGCGCACAACUGA